AGUAGCGGGCUUCUAGCGCAUGCGCAAAUGUACUUGAAGCCAAGCAAAAAGACGAGGUCGUUCGGAGAAUUUUGGAAUUGACGAUCUUAAAGUCAUAUGAUUCACAGCAAAUAUAGCAACACUUAUCUCAAGUCGCGUUUCCCAAAGCCACGGAACGUGCAUUGAGUUUGGAGCGAUAUCUGAAGUGAAGAUUGAAGACGUGAUAGAAGAUGGACGACUACUGCUAUGCUAAGAUGGCGACGUCAUGUCAAAGAGAACAUUCCAGCAAAUCACCGACGGAGAUAAAGACGGAAGAUGAAGACGUCCAGCAGCUGAUGGGUAAUCCCGAAGAAGAUUCCCCUCAGUCAGGGGGGAGCUCCACUUUGAAGCAGGAGACUCCACAAGCACCCUGCAUUAAAAAGGAAGAGGAGGAACUCUGCAUCACUCAGGAGGGAGAGUGUCUUCUAGGACGAGAGGAAGCUGAUUACACCAAGUUUCCACUGACUAUUGUCUCUGUGAAGACUGAAGAUGAUGAAGAGAAACCACAAGUAGACAACCUCUUAGCUCCACUAUCAGAUAGUGAGGCUGAAGACGAGGUUGAAGUAACUUUGAGCAGCGAUACAGACUGUGAAGGUGAUAUGAGGACUCACACUGACAACAAACACUCUGAAUGCUCUACAAAGAAGAGAGACGUCCAGCAGCUGAUGGGUAAUCCAGAAGAAGUUUCCCCUCAGUCAGGGGGGAGCUCCACUUUGAAGCAGGAGACUCCACAACUACCCUGCAUUAAAAAGGAAGAGGAGGAACUCUGCAUCACUCAGGAAGAAGAUUGUUUUCUUGGAUUGCAGGAAACUGAUCUCACCAAGUUGCCACGGACUGUUGUCUCUCUGAAGACUGAAGAUGAUGAAGAGAAACCACAAGUAGACAACCUCUUAGCUCCACUAUCAGAUAGUGAGGCUGAAGACGAGGUUGAAGUAACUUUGAGCAGCGAUACAGACUGUGAAGGUGAUAUGAGGACUCACACUGACAACAAACACUCUGAAUUCUCUACAAAGAAGAGAGGUAAAAAAUGUUUGAGCUGCUCGAUUUGUGGUAAAAGUUUUACCAACAAGAGCCUUUUGACUCAACACACUAGAACACACACAGGUGAAAAAACAUUUAGUUGUUCAGUUUGUGCUAAAAGCUUUUCUGUUAAGUGCUAUUUGACUCAACACAUGAGAACACACACCGGUGAAAAACCAUUUAAUUGUUCAAUGUGUGGCAAAAGCUUUUCUCAAAAUAGCCAUUUGACUCGACACAUAAAAACACACACAGGAGAAAAAACAUUUAAAUGUUCAGUUUGUGGCAAAAGCUUUUCUCAAAAUAGCGCUGUGACUCAACACAUGAGAACACACACAGGUGAAAAAACAUUUAAUUGUUCAGUUUGUGACAAAAGCUUUUCUCGAAAUAGCAUUUUGACUCAACACAUGAGAACACACACAGGUGAAAAAACAAUUAUUUGUUCAGUUUGUGGUAAAAGCUUUUCUCAAAAUAGCGAUUUGACUAAACACAUGACAACACACACAGGUGAAAAACCAUUUAAUUGUCCAGUUUGUGGCAAAAACUUUUCUCAAAACAGCUCAUUGACUCAACACAUUAGAACACACACAGGUGAAAAACCAUUUAACUGUUCAGUUUGUGACAAAAGUUUUUCUCAAAAUUGCCGUUUGACUGAACACAUGAGAACACACACAGGCGAAAAACCAUUUAACUGUUCGAUUUGUGGGGAAAACUUCUCUAUUAAGAACCGUUUGACUGAACACAUGAGAACACACACAGGUGAAAAACCAUUUAGUUGUUCAGUGUGCUGUAAAAGGUUCCAACAUAAAACAGACGCAGUAAGACACACAAGAACACACAAUGGAAAAUAAGCAAUUAGCUGUUUAGUUUGUGGUAUGUUGCUCAUAUGUGGCGACAUCCACCCUACCCAGGACCUCCUCACUGCUUCUUUCACUAAUAUCUGAGGUAUUCAUACAAACUUGGAUUAUUUGAAGCUUAAUCUCAUCCACUCAUGACCUCAUGUCUUCUCUGUAUCUGAAACCUUCCUGAACAGUAAGAUAGAUGAUGCUUCAAGUGCUUGGUUACUCCUUCUUCAGUCCAGGGACCUGGGGCCUCAUGUGUCAAGUUUGUGUACGCUCAAAAACCUCCACUACACCCUUUUUCACUGCAAAGUUGAGAUGUAUCAAAACUGACAUAAUUAAAAUGCAGCAUGAGACACUGCACACUGAUAUAGUUCUGUGAAAAUGAUUGUCUUCUGUGCAAAUGUAAAGAAAGUGAACAGUGUGUGAUUUACUGCAAUACUGUCAGUCAUCUAAAGGCCUACUGAAAUGAGAUAUUCUUAUUUAAACGGGGAUAGCAGGUCCAUUCUAUGUGUCAUACUUGAUUAUUUCGCGAUAUUGCCAUAUUUUUGCUGUAAGGAUUUAGUAGAGACCAUCCCCGAUAAAAUUCGCCACUUUUGGUUCCGAUAAAAAAAGCCUUGCCUGUACCGGAAGUAGCAGACGAUGUGCGCGUGACGUCACGGGUUGUGGAGCUCCUCACAUCUGAACAUUGUCUACAAUCAUGGCCACCAACAGCGAGAGCGAUUAGGACCGAGAAAGCAACGAUUACCCCAUUAAUUUGAGCGAGGAUGAAAUAUUCGUGGAUGAGGAAAGUAAGAGUGAAGGACUAGAAAAUAAAAAAAGACUUUUCAGUGAGAGCGAUUCAGAUGUUAUUAGACACAUUUACUAGUAUAAUUCUGGAAAAUACCUUAUCUGCUUAUUGUGUUGCUAGUUUUUAGUGAGAUUAUAUGGUCAUACUUGUACAACCUGAAGGUCGCCCCUGCACCUUUCUUUAGCACCAGUCGGGUGGUGGCGAUGCCCAUUUCUGCCCUUCGCAAGGGACCUUCUUGGAAACAAGAUCUUUUGAAAUGAUCGCUGCAUAAUACACUGUACUUUGUGUGUGGUCCAAUCCAACCGUGUUCGCUUGACCGCUCCGUUCCAUAGUAAAGUUUCACUGUCAUCUUUGGGAAUGUAAACAAUGAAACGCCGGCUGUGUUUGUGUUGCUAAAGGCGACCGCGAUCCACCGCUUCCCACCUACAGCUUUCUUCUUUGACGUCUCCAUUAUUCAUUGACACACAGUAUUGCAAAAGAUUCAGCAACACAAUUUUCCAGAAUACUGUGUAAUUAUGCGAUUAAAAACAGACGACGUAUAGCUGGGAACGGUGCUGGAAGAAGAUGUCCUCUACAAUGUGUGACGUCACGCGUCAUCAUACAGCGACAUUUUAGCAGGAUACUUCCGCGCGAAAUUUAAAAUGGCAAUUUAUUUAACUAAAAAGGCCGUAUUGGCAUGUGUUGCAAUGUUAAUAUUUCAUCAUUGAUAUAUAAACUAUCAGACUGCGUGGUCGCUAGUAGUGGCUUUCAGUAGGCCUUUAACUUUUUAUUUGUGCUUUGUUGAAAUUGUUCACACAUUGCACUGCUUUUAUUUUUCUGUCAAUACACAUUAUGUCUAGAAGACAGGAAGUAACUCAACACUCUUGAAUAGUUUCUACCUCAGUGUGUAUGGUUUGUUGAGUUAGCACAGGAUUAAUAUGUGGAAAUGACAAAUGAGGUAGUAGAUACAUAGAAUAGUUUUUAUUCACGCUUUAUUUAUUUUUUUGUUCAAUCCUGGAUAAAUUGUAAUUUAAAGACUAACACUGAGUCUAAGUCCAUUGUCUUCUUCAAGGUGUUUUUGAAAAUGCACCAUUUUUUUUGCCUCUAAAUGUUCAACUAACUUGAAGUAUUUUGUCAAGAGGAUUGUCUGUGAUUUGUAAAUUUUUAGAAAGUGUUUGUUCUAUUUUGGGCCAAAGUAAAAUAAAGAAAAUAAUC